AGUGUGGUGGUGUUUUUUUCCUCUUUAGGUCCAACAACAUGUGCCACUAUGAAGUGGGCUAUGUGCGACGGACCCCCAUGUUCAUGUACUCUUCUGGUUGGUAAUGGUACAAAACAGCCCAUAGACUGCACAGCAUUGAUCCCCAAGUGCUUCUUGAUGAAAACUGAAAUGUACAGAGCUAGAAGGGGCCUGAGCACUCGCACUAUUGGAGGAAAGCAACAUGAGAUCGCCAUUGUGGACAACGAUGGCAUCUAUGACCCUGAAUGUGAGAAUGACGGCAAAUUCAAGGCCAAGCAGUGCAACGGCACAGAUGUGUGCUGGUGCGUCAACAGCGCUGGAGUUCGUCGGACUGACAAGGGAGACCAGACCCUCCAGUGUGGGAAGCUGGUGGAGACCUACUGGGUCCGUCUUCAGCUGACACACAAGGAGGUGAACGUCUACGUGAAUAAAGACAAUUUGAAGACUGCUAUUGCAAAUGAACUUAACAGCCGUUACAAACUUAACCCCAGCCUGGUGAAGGAGAUUCAGUAUGACCCAGACGCUCGCAUGAUUGUGGUUGAUGUGACUAAGCCAAAAGGAGAAACAAAUGUUAAAAUAAAAAGCCAUAAUUUACAACUGUUUACUGACCAGAGCAGACGCUUUACUCCUUCUGUGGAUGGGCAGAACCUGAUGAUAGAGAAGACCAUCAUUUACUACGUGGAUGAGGAGCCCCCGACUGUUAGUGCAUCUCUUCCUUCUUGUCCAAUUUUUUUUUAAUUUUUAAAGGAAAUUUUAAAAAUGCUUUUUUAAAGUAAUCCUAAUGUAACAAUCUAACAAUCUAAAUGUUAAGACUGUCUCCAGGGCAUGCAACACUAUUGUCUGUGUCUCAGGAGAAGGUUGUGGAUGGACAGUCAGUUACAUCAAUAUGGACACGCCUGGUGUAAAUCAUGUUAAUCUUCCUUGAGGGAGACCUUGUUACAAACCUGCAUUGUAUGUGUUUGUUUUGUGCGCUCAACGCAUCUGGUUAUGUUAAUUCAGCUUUGCCGGGUCCCUGCUGCGAUUGGUGCGUGGAUAUACAGCUCCAGAGUGACUGGUUCCAGCUGGAGGCUCCGCCCAUCAAAUGAAGGAUGGAGCUCUGUGGUGAGAGAGGUUCUCGCGUUCAAGCAGUACGCCUGUGACAGCCACUUCAGUGACAUUGUGACAGUUGAGGAAGUGGAGUGGGUAGGAGUGAGCUGCCGUUUCUUUUGAUCAC